AGGAAGAAGUGGGGUUAUAUUAUGCAUGUGUGGGGUACGUAUGCAUAUACACUCACUUUACCAUGUUGGCAUCAUUCCGCGCUACAACGAAAAUUUGAAAGUUGUCCGUUGGAUGUGUAGUAAAUUGUCAAGAAAAUAAAACAUUGUUAUCGUCGUAAAAGUGUAAAAAUCGUAAAAAAAAAAAAUGCAGAACAAUUCGACUAAACGCAGAUCAUCUUCAAAUCCCAUAAGAAUUUCUAGUAUAGAUAAAGUGGAUAAGAGUUUAAUUAAAAAUGAUACAAGAAAAACGUUUUCAGUAAAGACGAAAACUUCUUUUUCUACUUCUGACGUAUCUCAUAUUCCCAGACCUCGUAUGAGAAGUUCUUCUUGUGAUUCAGAGAAAAAUAGACUUUCCACCUUAAAAAAUACUGGCAAAAGCAUGCUUCAUCUGCCAACGACUCCAGCCACACCAUCAAACAGCAAUGUCCGUAAGCAUAAUAUGAUGAGUUUGUCAACUGGUCGAAGAACGCCAUCAAAAGAUCGAGCAAGUAACAUCGGUGCUAAAGGAGCUCGUAAAGAUACACGAACUUUGCUAGAUAGAAAUUAUCAAGCUCAAAUGCUACAUAAAAUAGACAGUUAUAUUCACGAAAUUCAAUGUUCUUCUAUGUUAAACAGUAAUGGCAGUUUGAAACCUAUUACAUUGAAAAUGUUUGUUGAAGUAUCUGAUUUAUUGGUAAAACUUAUAGAUCCUAAGCAAACUUUAACUCUUGCCAAUUAUAUAGAACAAUUACCCAAAACUGCUAAGAAAUUGCAUUAUCCUGGAAUGAUUUCCAAAUCGUUGUUAAAAACAGCAAAUACUCCUCAUUCUUGGCCUUAUGUUUUGGGCUGGUUAUGUUGGUUGGUCGAAGUUUGUCAAAUUAAAGAUUUGGCAUAUAAUAGCUUUCAAUUAGAUAAUUUGCCAUUUAUAGGUACGGAGCAACAAAUGAAAGAUAAUAGAAAUUCUUUCUUUUUUAUGCUAAAAAUCUAUGCUGCUUGGAAUAAUGAAAACCUUGAUGAAGAAGCAACUCUUGUCAAUGAAUAUUUGCAAGAUAUUGAAAAACAGUAUGGAGUUACUGAAAAUGAUUUAACAGAAGCAUACGCUGCUCUAGAUAAAGAAGAACUCAGCUUACAAGAGACUGAACGACAAUUAAAAGAUAUUGAUACAGAUGUUCAAAACUUAAAGGAUGUUUUAAUGUCUCUUGAAAAAGAUGCAGCUAAACAGUCUAAUGAUAUAAAAGCACAAGAAGAGUACAUUAAGAAUCUUAAUAUAGAAAAAGAACAAUUUCAGAUUCAAAAUAAACGUUUCUAUGAAAAAAUUCAAAUACAAAACAAGCAAUAUAAAGAAUUACUUUCAGUAAUAAAAGAACAACCAAUGUCUAAAAGAGAAAAAGAAGACAUACUUAAUAAAUGUUUGGAACUUAAAACUUAUAUACAACAAUUUGAUGAACAUUUGAAAGAUAUGCAAAAAGACAUAUAUAAAUUGGAUAUUAAAAUAGCAUCUGUAAAUAGCAAUUUAAACAAAAUAGUUUUAAAUUACAAUCAAGAAAUAUUUAAACAUUUUGGUAGUGAUACUAAUAUAGAUGUCGAAGAACUUAAAAUGCCAGAAAAAGAUAUGCUAGAUCCGAAUAUUAUGGAUAAUUUAAAUAGUAAAGCUAAUUUGAUGAAUGAAUUAAAAGAUGGAUGGAUUAAAAAUUUAACUAAAUUGGAAUCUUAUAUAGAAGCUGAUACAAAUAAAUUAGAACUUUUGCAGAGACAAAUGAAAACUUUAGAGGAAGAAAAUGUAAUUUUACAUAAUAAAUUAAAAGAUAAAAAAGCUCAUAUCAAUGAUUGGAAAAAUGAGGAGAACACAUUACGAGAACAAAUACAGAUAUUGCAAAAUGAAAUACAAAGUUAUAAGGAGAUGACUCCUAAUUUACAAGGUGUUACGAGUGAAUUAGAAGAGUUAAAAGAAAAAUUAGAUGCUGUAAGGAGAAGAAAAUUGUACAUUGAACAAAAUGGGAAAAGAUUUUUUGAAAAAUUAUAUGAAACUUUGGGUGAACAUAGAAAUGAGUUGCAUAAAAUUUUAAAAAAAGAUUAACACUGGUCAUCAUGAUACAUUAUUAAAAUAUUAUCUUUUUGUAUAUAUAUAAUAACUCAUGAAAGUAUUUGAACACUU